CCAUGGGGAACACGCUGACCUGUUGCGUGUCCCCCAAUGCCAGCCCCAAGUUGGGCCGGCGCGCGGGGCCGGCAGAGCCAGACUACGAGUUUGAGGUCUACGAGGCGGCGGCCGGAGACGCGGUGGCCGUAGCACCGGCGCCCGCUGCCGUGGAACCCACCGAGUUGGAUUUCGGAGCGGGUGAAGGCCACCAGCUGCAGCACAUCAGCGACCGGGAGAUGCCCGAAGACUUAGCUUUGGAAUCAAACCCUUCUGACCACCCAAGGGCAAGCACAAUUUUCCUGAGCAAAUCUCAAACGGACG